GUGAGUGUUGGUCGUUCAAAGGAUCGCAAGGGAAAAUAAAUAUUCAACUUGCCAUGACGAUUAACAUUGAUAAAGUCACGAUGGAGCACAUUCCUAUCAGCGCAUCUCUCACUGGAAAAAUCGAUUCGGCGCCAAAAACAUUCAACAUUUUGGGUGAAAUAGAUGGCAAAUACGUAAUGAUUGAUACAUUUAUGUACGAUAAAAAUGGUCUUCCUUCGCAAACUUUUAUUUUGAAGAAUUCGGAAAUGAAAAAAAUCCCUUUCUUGCGAAUCAUUUUAGAAAUUGUAUCAAAUUGGGGAAAUUCGGAGCAUACGUGCAUUUAUAGAUUCAAGGUUCACGGAAAGUUUUCUGAGACAAACAAUUGA